AUGAUCAGCCUAGUCCGAAAGGCCAUCAAGGCCAACCAAGAACGCAACAGAACGAAAUCAGGCUCAACGCCUAUGGAAAUGCAAGAGACAAGACCUAAUAUCCAGAAGCAAGAACCGCAACAAAAACAGCAAUGUCGGCAUACGAACACUUAUGAAUCUUCAGCGGGAAAGUGCACCGCAUGUUCAUCGGAGAAGAAGGCUGCUAGAGUGUAUCGAUGGAAGAUCAUCUUCGGUCUUGUGGCACCUUUUGCCCUACAAGCUCUUGACUCAACAAUUAUCGCGAGUGCUCUUCCUUGGAUUGCGAGUGAUUUUGGAGAGAUAUCGCAACUCAACUGGAUCGUGUCUGCCUUCAACCUCACAUCCGCAGCAUUUAUUCCUUUCUGGGCUCAGAUGGCCGAUGUUUUUGGCCGCAACGUCUCACUGAAUGCUGCAGUUAUUAUCAUGCUCAUUGGCAGUGCUUUAUGUACUGGAGCUCCUACUACUGCCUUCCCGGUUCUCCUUCUCGGCCGCGGAUUUCAAGGACUUGCAGCAGCUGGCCUCAAUGUCGUUGUUCGAACCAUUCUUGCCGAUAAGGUAUCAUUGCAAGAGAACGCGAAGAAUUGGGCCAUAUUCUCAUUCGUUGGUGGCAUCUCCUAUGGAAUUGGUCCAGUCAUCGGUGGAUAUUUGACGAGAGCUGACUGGAGAUGGUGCUUUGGAAUUAACCUUCCUAUUGGUGUCGUUGCUCUGAUUCUGAUCUUCUUCAUAUUACGCAAGGAACUUCUCGGCCCACAGCCCAUUCCCGAGCUCAACGAAACAGUUGCAAGUGAAAGAAGAACCAAAUUCCUCGCCAGGCUCAAAACCGUUGAUGUUGGCGGUCAGCUCCUUUUUGUCCUUGGCUUUGGCCUUAUCAUCCUAGCGUUGACAUGGGGUGGUGCGACGUAUCCUUGGUCAUCACCUGCUGUUAUCGUUCCCCUGGUGCUUGGAGUUGUUUGUGCUGGUUUUUUCUGUUACUGGGAGUACCUACUCGCCCCUGGAAACACCAUGGCAGAGAAGCUGCCGUGGCAGCGGGCGAUGAUUCCUUGGGAGCUGAUCUCAAAUCGAGAUAUUGGUCUCCUAUUCUACUGCGAGUGUUCCACAGGUAUUGGCAUGUACGCUGUGCUUUAUUUCUGCAACAUUUAUUUUAUCACUGUUAGGGGAUACGGCUCUGAUGAAGCUGGUAUUCAACUUCUAUACUUUGUUCCCGGACUUGCAGUCGGUGUAUACAUCUGCUCUUUUCUUUGUAACCGUUGGCCUCGCAUGACAUUUCCUUCCAUCUUCGUGGGAACUCUUACCGAAGCUGUCGGUCUGGGCGUGCUCGCCUGGGCCAUCUGGGCUGAUAGGCUGAGCGUCAUUUACGGAAUGAUGGCUCUUGUUGGCUGUGGGAGUGGCAUGCGCUUCAUGGCUUCGCCCCUCCAUGGCAUUGGUCUCUUCCGUCACCUGCGCGCCUCCGUAAUUGGACUUAUGGCUGUUGCUCUGCCCUUUGGUGGCACCAUCGGUUUGACUAUAAUGUCUGCUGUCUUCAAUAAUACUUCUGGGCUUGACUCCCAUAGUGAUAGCUUCAAUAGCGUCCAGUCUACGUUAGGGGACGCAAAGGAGCAGGCGAUUCACCAGGCCAAGAUGGGCGUUGUUUGGGCAUUUGUUGCUGUUACACCUAUUGUAGCAUUGGCUUUCCCUCUCUCUUGGUGUAUCGGUAAUGUGAAGCUUGGACAAGGACCUCCUGGCGAUGAUGGUCCUACAGACGUCGUGGUUAAGGGAUCUUUUCUACUCAAGCUACUGCGAGGCGAGGAAACGCUCAAAAUCGAGAGCAACGCGUAUAGACUCCAGAGCUCAGGCAGCGGAACAUGGUCAAGGAAUGCAGCCUCUGAUAGGGUUUGA